AUGAGUUCCCCUUCAGACCACGAGCCUGAACAACAGGUCGCGCCCGCGAGCAUCGAGGAAUGUUUGAAUCGUUUAAACGACUCUAUACCACGGGCGCAGAAAGCCCUCGACGAGGCUUGGCUCUGCACUAGUGAAAUCCAACAUGGAACUGUAUUAGUGCCAUCCAUCAAGGCGAAGGUGGUGAAAAUUGUCAGCUCAGAACAACAAGUAGUCAGGGUCGUGAAUGAUGUUUCGAAGGCAUAUCAGGUUGCAGGGGUAACCUUUUCUGUACUUCGCACAGAUAUUGUCCCGCUGACCGAUGAUGUUACGGUGGUUGUAGGAUACAGCCAGUUUAAGCUCAUAGAGGUCGAGCUUCAGAAGAAAACUGAAGCUAAUCAUCAAAUAGCUAUUGUGUGCUGGGCCAUGUCUAACGCUGUAUUCCGACUGUACCGGCUGCACCGGCUGCUUCAAGGCCACCCAGAGUCUCUCACCGAGGACUUAAAAGGCGAGUUGGAGGAUGCCCUCAGUAACCUGUAUGACACAAUGUAUGGCUUUGCGUUUGCUACAAAAGUGGAAGCACCAGUAGUGGCCGUGUUGCGUGCCUCUGAGCUGAAGAAAGAUUUUAUGCAGUACUGGGAGGAUUUUGAUCAUCACCGCCGUCGGCUCGAUGAGCUGCUUGGGUCUCAAGCAGUUGCGUCUAACUUCAAUAUUGACAUUAUUUUCAAAAGAAUUGGGCGGUCAAAUCCCAAGGAAAUAGAAGCCUCUGAUUGGGUCAAGCAGCAGGGCGGCGCGAAACGCGUCUUGGAGAAUACCGAACUAUUAAGUAUACUUGCCAAAUUUCUUGGUGAUGGAUCCAACGGCAACUUGCGCAAAACUCUUCGUCAAGAUAUGGAUGAAAUACUCAACAACAACAAGCAAGUGAUUAGGCGGUCAUAUGAAUAUAAAAUCGAAUGUGCUGCGCGACAAAUCGAGGAUGCGGUGAAAAGUAGCGAAGAUACUAUCAUGAGUCAGCUCAAUUCUGGCCCCCAUGAUCUGAUCAAAGACGACGGUAUCAAAUUCAUAUGGAAGGAGAAUGUUACCCUGGGACUGACCAAAUCCAAUAAAGCCGUUCAAGAGUUCUACGAGAAGCGAGUACAAGAGCAAAAGCAAAAGCAGCCCGGAUCCACCCACCCUGAUGAGUGGACUCUCCCAUUCCUUUCCAAAGUUACAUACCGGCCAGCUAUUUCAGAUGCAAUCGACAUUGACGGCAGCGGGUACAUAUCCGUUGACGAGUGUAACACCUUCCUCGCGUCUAGACCACAGGGACUGAGUGUACCGGGAUGGAUGGCCUUUUGGGCUAUUGCGUGGUUGAUGAACAACGAGGACUACUGUGAACGGAUCGAGACUAUGAUCAAUGGAAUCAAGACCUUGAUGGAGAACAUUAACGUCAAGGAAGAGGAAGCUGUCGAGAGCUACUUGAGUUGGAUAGGUUUCGUCGAUCCUAUCGUGCUGCAGUCGCUCAAUGCAGGAGCCGCUGGUAACACUCCCAUUGACUUCGAGACUGACGAUCUGCAUCGUGUACUCGAGGUAUACAGGAAGAACGAAGAGGACAGACUCUCCGCGGAAUUGCAGAAGCUUGAUUUCUACAUUGAAGAUGCAGCCACGCUGAGGUUCAUUGCGAGAGAAGACCGAAUCGAACUGGUGAUUAUGCCGUUGUUGUACCUGAUUGUACAGCACCAUAGUACUGUCAUCGAGCAGUUAAAGAAGAAAACUGUGAAAAUGUCCGAGCUUUGGGGUCUCCAAAACACACUAAACCAGGUCCUCUUGAGCUUCAAUCGUCGCCUUGAUGAACUUGAGCGUGCGUGGAAGCAGCAGCGCAUGGACGUCGAUGUUCAGGUUGAGAUUUUUGCUGGAGGUAUUUUCAAUGGGUGGUACACAAAGCGACAAAACCCCGAUGACGAAAUUGCUUCCCUUCUUGCAUUCUGGAACCCCCCUGCUAAGGGUAUCAAUGGCGAAAAUGCCAAAAAGCCCGCUGCUAAAGUGACGGCAAACGAGGCUCUGUUACAGUCAAUCGCGAAGAAGUUUGGUGUCCCAGCCUCUGACCUUGUCCAGAAAGUAGGCUCUUUCGCGCAGAAGACCGAAGUUGCUCCACAGGCGCGGGUGAAGAACCAAGAUGAUUCGACUGGGCAAGACAACGAUUCACAGCAAGACCAGGAUGACAUUCAGGACCUGAAUGACGUUCAAGACCAGGGCGAGGAGCAGAACCGGGACCAGGGCGAGGAAAAGGACCAGGCUGAGGAACAGAACCAGGAACAGGAACAGGACCAGGACCAGGACCAGGAUGAUGAUCAAGACCAAAGCGAGGGGCAGGACCAGGGCGAGGAAAGGGAUGAGGAUGAGGAAAAGGACCAGGAUCAGGAUGAGGAAAAGGACCAGGAUCAGGAUGAGGAAAAGGAUCAGGAUGAUGACCAACACCAAGGCGAGGAACAGGACCAGGGCAAUGAACAGGGUUCUGAGGACGAUGAACAGGGGCCGAACGACGACCAGGACCAGGACGAUAAAUAG